GAACACACCCUCUCCACAGGCCCAGGUUGCUCCAACCCUGCUGGGGCCUCAGGGCUCAGCUCUGGGAUUUCCCCACCUUUGCGGGGCAGGAGCAGCUCCUCUUGGGCGGGGAAGGAGGCAGGGCCGGCUCGCCUCCGGGUUCCCCUCUCCCGACAGACCGGAGGAGCAGGAAGCUGCAGCUCCGAGGCCCACCCAGGCUUCAGCCCCAGCGGGGAGUGCACGGAGCAGGGAAGGGAAGAGAAGGGCAGGGAGGCGGCGCCGACCCCAUGGCAGCCGACCCCAUGGAGCAGCGGCUGGGCAGCCUCCCCGUCUUCACCCGCGAUGACUUCGAGGGCGACUGGCGCCAAGUGGCCAGCGGCGGCUUCAGCCAGGUGUUCCAGGCGCGGCACAGGCACUGGCGGACGGAGUAUGCCAUCAAGUGCGCCCCCUGCCUCCCGCCCGACGCCACCAGCUCCGAUGUGAAUUACCUCAUUGAAGAAGCUGCCAAAAUGGAAAAGAUAAAGUUUCAGCACAUCGUGUCCAUCUACGGGGUAUGCAAGCAGCCCUUGGGCAUUGUGAUGGAGUUCAUGGCCAACGGCUCCCUGGAGAAGAUACUGCCCACCCACAGCCUCUGCUGGCAGCUCAGGUUCCGUAUCAUCCACGAGACCAGCUUGGCCAUGAACUUUCUGCACAGCAUUAAGCCGCCUCUGCUCCACCUGGACCUCAAGCCGGGCAACAUCCUCCUGGACAGCAACAUGCGUGUCAAAAUUUCAGACUUUGGCCUGUCUAAGUGGAUGGAACAGUCCACCCAGAUGCAGUACUUCGAGAGAUCAGCUCUGCGGGGCACACUCAGCUACAUCCCCCCUGAGAUGUUCCUGGAGAGUAACAAGGCCCCAGGACCCAAAUAUGAUGUGUACAGCUUUGCAAUUGUCAUCUGGGAGCUCCUCACUCAGAAGAAACCAUACUCAGGUUUCAACAUGAUGAUGAUUAUUAUCCGAGUGGCAGCAGGCAUGCGGCCCUCCCUGCGGCCUGUCUCUGACCAGUGGCCAAGCGAGGCCCAGCAAAUGGUGGACCUCAUGAAACGCUGCUGGGACCAGGACCCUAAGAAGAGGCCAUGCUUUCUAGACAUUACCAUCGAGACACACCUACUGCUGUCACUGCUGCAGAGUCCUGUGGCAGACCCAGAGAGCGAGGCCCUGGCCAGGAAGGUAUCUUGCAAGCUGUCGCUGAGCCAGCCCCUGGAGGUUAAUGAGGACAUCACCCAGGAACUGAUGGACAGCGACUCAGGAAACUACCUGAAGGGGGCCCUUCAGUUCUCCGACUGUGAGAAUUUGGUCCCAAGCGAUGAGGAGCUGCACAUCUAUGAGAACAAGGUCACCCCCCUCCACUUCCUUGUGGCCCAGGGUAGUGUGGAGCAGGUGAGGCUGCUGCUGGCCCACGAGAUAGACGUGGACUGCCAGACGGCCUCUGGAUACACACCCCUCCUCAUUGCCGCCCAGGACCAGCAACCCGACCUCUGUGCCCUGCUUUUGGCACACGGUGCCGAUGCCAACCUGGUGGAUGAGGACGGCUGGGCCCCCCUGCACUUUGCAGCCCAGAAUGGGGAUGACCACACUGCGCGCCUGCUCCUGGACCACGGGGCCCGUGUGGAUGCCCAGGAACACGAGGGGUGGACCCCCCUUCACCUGGCUGCACAGAAUAACUUUGAGAAUGUGGCACGGCUUCUGGUCUCCCGUCAGGCUCACCCCAACCUGCACGAGGCUGAGGGCAAGACCCCGCUCCACGUGGCUGCCUACUUUGGCCAUGUUAGCCUGGUCAAGCUGCUGACCAGCCAGGGGGCGGAGUUGGAUGCUCAGCAGAGAAACCUGAGAACACCACUGCACCUGGCUGUGGAGCGGGGGAAAGUGAGGGCCAUCCAACACCUGCUGAAGAGUGGAGCAGCCCCCAAUACCCUUGACCAUAGUGGCUACAGCCCACUGCACACUGCAGCUGCCAGGGGCAAAUACCUAAUCUGCAAGAUGCUGCUGAGGUACGGAGCCAGCCUCGAGCUGCCCACCCACCAGGGCUGGACACCCCUGCAUCUAGCAGCCUACAGGGGCCACCUGGAGAUCAUCCACCUGCUGGCUGAGAGCCGCGCAAACAUGGGUGCCCUUGGAGCUAUGAACUGGACUCCCCUGCACCUAGCUGCACGCCAAGGGGAGGAGGCGGUGGUGUCAGCGUUGCUGCAGUGUGGGGCUGACCCCAAUGCUGCAGAGCAGUCAGGCUGGACACCCCUCCACCUGGCAGUCCACAGGGGCACCUUUAUGAGUGUCGUCAACCUCCUGGAACAUCACGCAAAUGUCUGCGCCCACAACAAGGUGGGCUGGACACCUGCCCACCUGGCCGCCCUCAAGGGCAACACAGCCAUCCUCAAAGUGCUGGUCAAGGCAGGCGCCCAGCUGGACGUCCUGAAUGGAGUGGGCUGCACACCCCUCCAGCUGGCCCUCCGCAGCCAGAAGCAGGCAUCAUGACCUUCCUCAAGGGCAAGGAGCCAUCAGUGGCCACUCUGGGUGGUUCUGAGCUGGGAGCCCAAACAGAAAUUUAGACAAUUUGGCCAUGCAUGGUGGCUCACGCCUAUAAUCCCAGCACUUUGGGAGGCCGAGGUGGGUGGAUCACGAGGUCAACGGAUCGAGACCAUCCUGGUCAACAUGGUGAAACCCCGUCUCUACUAAAAAUACAAAAAAUUAGCUGGGCAUGGUGGUGUGUGCCUGUAAUCCCAGCUACUCAGAAGGCUGAGGCAAGAGAAUUGCCUGAACCCAGGAGGCGGAGGUUGCGGUGAGCUGAGAUCGCUCCAUUGCACUCCAGCCUGGGUAACAAGAGCGAAAAUUCGUCUCAAAAAAAAAAUACAAAAAUUAGCCGGGUGUGGUAGCACAUGCCUGUAAUCCCAGCUACUCAGGAGGCUGAGGCAGGAGAAUUGCUUGAACCCAGGAGGCGGAGGUUUCAGUGAGCCAAAAUUGUGCCACUGCACUGGGUGACAGAGUGAGACUCCAUAUCAAAAAGAAAGAAAGAAAGAAAUUUAGACAACUUGGGUCCCUCGCCUGUAUGGAUUGGAAUUGAUGGAAGUGCAACUGGGCUUCUGGCAGGGCGUCUUCCCUAUCUGCACUCUUCAACUGCCCCUUCGACAUUGAGAGGAGACAGGGACCUGGGUGAAGGAGGCAUGGGGAGGGGAUCACUGUGGCCGUAGCUGAGGAAUGGGCCCUGGCUUGGAGAGCUGCCUUCAACACACCCUCCAAGUCACUUUCAACAGACCCCAGCCCUCCUCCUCCUCCUUUAUGGGGACACAAGCCCCCCAAAUGAAUUCCCUCUCCAGUUCAAGACACCUAGCAUCUUUUACUACCUGCCUCUGAGUUCACAGGGGUCCUUGCAUCCUAGCAGCUCCCCCUCUGAAGAUGGAGGGAGGCACAGCGAUGAGGGAAGUGGGAUUCUCCCAUCUCAUGUCUUUUGUUCUUGGCUUCUUAUCUCAGGAUGGGGCAGGAGAGCCAGACACACGUGCUUUGCUCAAGGGGCAGAAGCUCAAAGUUCAAAGGAGGUUUCUGCUCACUAUUUAAAGUCCUAGCCAGCCACCUGUUGCCACACUGACCACACCUUUCCAGUUGCCUGGGUCUCCCUCAUGGGGGUAUAGGAAGGGCGUGCUCCAAACGUGGAUAACUCACCCUACGGAGAUGUGAGGUCCCUGGUCCAGCGCAACCCUUUAUCAUGUCCAGUUUUAUGGUCAGGUUUCAAACUCUGAAGUCAAGAAAGCUGUGGCUCUGAGUUUUCUGUUUAGAGAUGGAUUGGCCUGUGGAGCCAAGUUGCAUAUAGAGGCCAGUAGUGUUAGUAUGGUGUGCUUGUGUGUGUAUGUGAUUUGUCUAAUGUAGGGUACAUGUGUGUGCUUAUGUGUGUGUGAGUGCACAUAAAGGCAGGAGGCAGGGGCAGCAGAGGGAGUUGGAGGUGGAGGGCGGUGAUGGUGAGGGGUGGGUUAUUUGGACUCAGUAUGGAGCUUGCAGGGCUCAUUUUUGUGACCACGCUCAGGCCACCUAUCACCUUCACCUGUCCCGUUGGUUGUGGACAGAACUGUUCACACUAACUUUAUGUGACCAGAGCCCUAUAGCUCAGCUUCUAGGAGAAUAGCCAACAAUUGGGAGGGAGUAGGGACAGGAUGAGUGUCCUGGGGUCCUAACCUGCUCCUUCUACCUCCCCACACUGCUGGACAGCACAGUAGAAGCAGCCCUUCCCACUCAGGGAUGUUUUGCAAUUGUCAGAAAAAAGAAAUCAUCUGUCCCAACUAUUGGCCAGCUCUGAGCCAAGCUGAUUGGCAGGCCUACCUCUAUAUGUCAUUCUCCUGGGCUGGGCACUCCAGGCUGGGCAUGUGGCCAGCAGCCUGGCAUCAGCAUAGGGUGAGAGAGGUGGGGCAGAGGAAAUCUGUUGCCCACGUGCAGUCCUGUUGAAUUAGCAAGUCCCUUUCAGCAGAGCUAGCAGCUUUGCGUCCUUUGUCACUUGGCUUCUGGACCAUUGCUCCAGCCUGUUGGACCCUGAACCCUUCACCACCGCCUUGCCAUAGCUUAUAGCCACCGUAGAAAGCCAGAUGUGAGCCCAGGAAGCUAGAGUGAGUCCUAGAGCCAGGGUUAUAAACUGAACCCGCACAUUAGAAUCUCCUGAACAAGGGGCUUUUAAAAUGUACCAACACCUGACCCUACCCUCAACCAAUUAAACCAGAACCUCCAGGGUAGGAUCCUGGCGGGAGCACCACUAACAAUUCCCAGGUGAAUCUAAAGAGCACCCAGAGCUGAGAAGCACUGGAUCAUCCCAUGGUUUCUCUCUGUUCCCUUUUUUAGCAUAACCUUGCAGUCAAUAGCCAGCAGCCUGGGUGUCAGAGGUCUUUUUCUCUCCCAUUUGGAUUCCUGGGGACUGGAGGCAGGGGACACUCAGCUGACUGUGCCAUCCUCCUACUUCCUGCUAGCUGCCCUGCUCAAUCUCUUUAGUUUCACUGAGACUAAGCCUUAGGCAAAACUUGUAGUUAAAGAUGCCCCUAGGAGUUCUAUCUUUCCCAGAACAUGCGAGAGCAGGAGGGAGGCGGAGAAGGCACAGGGCUGUUCGCUUCUCCUUCCACUCUGAAAUCUGAGUCUAACUCUAAAUCUAGGAAUCUACAAGAGCCAGAGAAGGGUCUGGGGCUACAUACUCCCAGCCAGGGGAGCUCAGAUCAAUCAGUGGGAGUGAUCACGAGGGAACCAAAGGAGGAGAACAGUGGCAGGCUGAUCCUGUUGGAAAGGGCAGAGAACUGAGAAAAAGCCUUGAAAAAAGGAGUUAGAAAAGGCAGGUGAUCCUUUUGCACCUCAUUUUCAGUGAAUGACAGGGAUGCCAUGGAGAUGUGGACAGAACCGUCCCCGGGAAUCAUUUCAGCCCUGGUGAUCCUGAGUCUGAAGGAGAUUCCUCCACCUCCUUCCCCUAAGAGAGAAUAGGAGUGGUUACUUCAGGCCAGCCCUGGCCAACAUGGCCCCGCAUUGCCUACCAGCAUCCUCUUCUGCCCUCUCAAGCCACUCCUAGCCAGACACAGACACACACACAAACACACACAGUAUCCACUUUAAGUCCCAUCUCAACACAGCUGCCUUCUAGGACUUCCCUAGGGAUGUUUAGAAUUGGGUUUGAAUGAGGCCCUUGAAAUUCCCAAGGAAAGGAUCUCUAGUUGAAGUCCUAUUUAGGGGACACUGGGGUCAGGGGAUAAGAGUUCCCCAAUUUCUUACUAGACAUCUCCACUUGGAGGUCCCAUAGACUCCUAAAACUCAGAGUGUCCAAAACUGAGCAUUCUCUUCUCCCUCCACAAGCCUGACUUCACCCUUUAUACCCCAUUUCAAAUGAAGGUAUCCAAACUCCUAACUAGGAGCCAUUCUGGACCAGCACCGGGAGGAUGGAAACAUACAUCCGCACUGCUCAGUAGGAUAGCCGCCAGCCACAGGUGCUACUGAGCACUUGAAAUGUGGCUAGUGUGACCAAGGAAUCAAGUUUUUUUAUUUCAGUAAACUAA